GGGUUUUUUCUCUCCCUCUCCUACCACUCACCUCGUCACCUAUGUUGUCACAGGACACACCUUAGCCAUCCUCGUCCUCCCGUCUUGGGAUUUCGACGUGGUAGUGCAAGACUGUCCUCCUCGACGUCCCGCGCGCGAGAGUUCGCGAGAGUUAUUCGCUUCGUGUCAAAGCAAUACCGUCGAAUUGCGUCAAUCCAUCUGCUGGAAAAUCUAGUUGACACCAAGGCCACGUCAAUCAGAGUCACCCUAAAUUUCAGAAGAUGGCUGAUCACAAGCGCUUCGCAGGAAGUUCCUACUUAAUCCCCGGCAAGCGGCGCCGUCCCCGUUCGUCGCCCACGUUCCGUCUGUCGGCGUCGGUCCUCCUGCUCGUCGCGGCCUUUGCGGCACUCUCCCUCCACACGAGCACGGCUGAAGACACGGCCGUGCCGUUCAACGCCGAUCAACUGGCGGCGCUGGACGCGCUGAAGGCGGAGUGGGGCGCGUUCGCGACGAGCACGACGUGGACCACCACGGCGCAGUGCCUCAUCUACCCCAAGUCGCCCAAGGUCGAGGUGCGCGCGGGACUCAACUGCGACGCCGACGGAAACGUCAUCCGCCUCGACUUGCAUGGGCUGGGGUGCACCGGAUCCUUCCCCACCAGCAUCACCAAGCUAACCGCGCUCACCAUGCUGGAUCUGAGUUUCAACAAGAUAGCGGGCCCCAUCCCUGAUUUCCUAUCCACUCUUGAUAAACUUGUGUUCCUUGUGUGUGUCCACUUGAGCAAUACGCCUAUUUGCAUGUGUGUGUGUGUGUGUGUGUGUGUGUGUGUGUGUGUGUGUCCUUGCUGCGAUGCCCCGUCUCCCGCGGCCAGGAGUCUCAACUACGUGCCGCUAACGGGCUCCCUGCCAUCAGUCCUCUCCACCAUGCGCUCGCUCAACUACCUGGGAGUGUCCAACGCACAGAUAGUGGGUCCCAUUCCAGCGGCAUUCAAGAGCUUCAAGUCCCUGGAAACACUUGUGCUGUCCAACAACCAGAUGACGGGCCCCCUGGGAUCGCUACCCUACAUGACGCGCCUCAGGGACGCCUACCUUUCCAAUAAUGCCUUCUCGGGCGCGCUACCACCAGCGCUGGGCAACGUCGUCUCACUGCGCAACAUAGACCUAAGUGUGAACAAGCUAUCUGGCGGCAUACCAGCAGCAUACUCCAAGCUCAAGAACCUCGAUUCAUUUAACAUCAGUGGUAACCUGAUUACAGGCAGCAUUCCCAAUGUCUUCACCGGCAGAAACAUCUGGGCUCUUGACCUAUCUGCCAACACACUGACAGGAUCCCUGCCCAAAUCCAUUGCCAACCUACCUGGAGUCCAGAUACUGAAUGCGCACACCAACUCGCUCACAGGCAAGCUCCCCACAUUCAAGUCCCGCCAUCUCGCCGGUCUAAAUGUCGCGAACAAUUUCUUCUACGGCCCGGGCAAGGUGACGAGGCUAUCGGCGGGGUCGGUGUGCAUCGCCAACAUGCCGUACGGCGGCAAAGGGGAGGGGAAUUGCUUUAUGCCGUCCUCGUCGUGCCUAGAGCCCCAGAAGGUGUCGGUGGCGUGCUCGAAAUUUUGCGGGACGAACAUGGUGACGGGGUCGGGCCAGUGCAAGAAUAAGGGGGUGUGCAUUGGCCGCCCCAGGCCGCACUGCACGUGCAAGUACAAGUGGCCGUUGUCAGCCAUGUUUUGCCGCCAGUUGAUGUGAAGGUUUCGUAGAUGUUAGGGUCUGCUGCGGAUGUCUGGGUGUGGGUGUUAGAUAUUCUGCACGGUGCGUUGUGUUGGAAAUACCUCUGUUGGGCUGAGAAAAGCCCUUAGGAUCUUUUGCAGAGACUAAGUCCCAGCUGUAGAGACUUGAGACUUGGAGUAGUGCAGCGGAAGUUGAGGCAGUUGAACCCUUGUACUAAAAAGCCCUUAGGAUCUUUUGCAGAGACUAAGUCCCAGCUGUAGAGACUUGAGACUUGGAGUAGUGCAGCGGAAGUUGAGGCAGUUGAACCCUUGUACUAGUAUGUGAGAACAAGUGAUUGAUUAAAGAAACAAGCAUACA